AUGGUUGAUAAUGAGGCCAUCUACGACAUGUGCAAAAGAAACUUGGAUAUCCCAAGACCAAGUUUUGCAAACUUAAACAACCUAAUUGCUCAAGUGGUAUCAUCUGUUACAGCAUCAUUGAGAUUCGACGGUUCAUUAAACGUAGAUUUGAACGAAUUUCAAACCAACUUGGUUCCAUAUCCAAGAAUUCAUUUUCCCUUAGUUUCAUAUUCUCCAGUCUUAUCCAAAUCAAAGGCAUUCCACGAGUCCAACUCCGUGUCAGAAAUUACAAAUGCUUGCUUUGAACCUGGUAACCAAAUGGUCAAGUGUGAUCCAAGGGAUGGUAAAUACAUGGCCACUUGUCUGUUAUAUAGGGGUGAUGUGGUAACGAGAGAUGUUCAAAGAGCUGUCGAGCAGGUGAAAAAUAAGAAGACUGUCCAAUUGGUUGAUUGGUGUCCAACCGGUUUCAAGAUCGGUAUUUGCUACGAACCUCCAACUGCUACACCAAACUCACAAUUGGCCACAGUGGAUAGAGCCGUGUGUAUGUUGUCAAACACCACAUCCAUCGCUGAGGCUUGGAAGAGAAUCGAUAGAAAGUUCGAUUUAAUGUAUGCCAAGCGUGCCUUCGUCCACUGGUAUGUUGGUGAAGGUAUGGAAGAAGGUGAAUUCACCGAAGCUAGAGAAGACUUGGCUGCUUUAGAAAGAGAUUAUAUCGAAGUGGGUGCCGAUUCUUAUGCUGAAGAAGAGGAAUUUUAA